CGGAAUUGGAAGAGCAGAGAAAUCACAUGGCGCCUACAGGUCACAUGAUGGAACCCCAGUUUAAGAAUGAUGAAAACCGUCUCAGGUGGGAUCUGACUCCAGAACAGAUUGAGAUACUGACUGGUGAGGUCAUUGAACAAACAAAAAGAGUUUAUGACCAGGUUGGGAACCUAGACUUGAGCAGUGUCACCUAUGAAAGCACACUAAAGGCCCUGGCUGAUGUGGAAGUGGAAUAUUCAGUGAAGAGGAGCAUGCUUGAUUUUCCGCAGCAUGUAUCUCCCUCAAAAGAAAUCCGCGCAGCAAGCACUGAGGCUGAUAAGAAACUGUCAGAGUUUGAUGUUGAAAAAAGCAUGAGGGAGGAUGUUUACAGAAGAAUUGAACACUUGCAGACUGUUAUACCAUGUGAUACUCUACAACCGGAGGCAAAGCGAUUUCUAGAAAGAUUGAUCAAAAUGGGUCAGAGGAAUGGACUGAAUCUCCCUUCAGAUACACAGCAGAAAAUUAAAUCCAUUCAGAAAAAAAUGAGUAAUAUCUCCAUUGAUUUUAACAAGAAUUUAAAUGAAGACAUCACAUUUCUUACCUUCUCAAGGGAAGAGCUUGGAGGUCUCCCCGAUGAUUUUCUUAAUUCCCUGGAGAAGGCAGAUGACGGGAAAUUAAAAAUUACACUAAAAUAUCCACAUUAUUUCCCCCUGAUGAAAAAGUGUUUUAUUCCGGAUACUCGGCAGAAGGUGGAAACUGCUUUCAAUUCCCGUUGCAAAGAGGAAAAUAGCAGGAUUCUUCAAGAGUUGGUGCAACUAAGGGAACAAAAAAGCAGUCUUCUUGGCUUUAAAACACAUGCUGAUUUUGCUGUAGAGAUGAACAUGGCAAAGAACAGCACGACUGUGGCAAGUUUUUUGGAGGAAUUAUCUAAAAAAUUAAAGCCGCUGGGUGAGAAGGAAAGGUCUAUAAUACUACAACUUAAGAAGAAAGAGUGUGAAAAACGUGGGCUGGAUUUUGAUAACCAGAUCAAUGCCUGGGAUAUGCGGUAUUAUAUGAACCAAGUUGAGGAGACUACAUACAGUGUGGAUCAGAAUUUCCUAAAGGAAUUUUUUCCAAUGGAGGUAGUUACCACUGGCCUCCUGGGCAUAUAUCAAGAGUUGCUGGGUUUGACCUUUGACUUGGAGAAGGGUGCUGCUGUUUGGCAUGAAGAUGUGUCUUUGUUCUCCGUAAGAGAUGACACAACAGGACAACUCAUAGGAAAGUUCUAUUUGGACUUACAUCCACGGGAAGGGAAAUAUUCACAUGCCGCAUGCUUUGGGCUCCAGCCUGGAUGUUUACUGGCAGAUGGCACCAGGCAGAUCUCUGUCGCUGCUAUGGUUGCCAACUUUACUAAGCCUACACAAGAUGCCCCCUCUCUUCUACAACAUGAUGAAGUAGAGACAUAUUUCCAUGAGUUCGGACAUGUUAUGCACCAGUUAUGUGCUCAGACAGACUUUGUGCUGUUCAGUGGAACAAAUGUGGAGAGAGAUUUUGUGGAAGCUCCUUCUCAGAUGCUGGAAAACUGGGUUUGGGAAAGGAAAUCUUUGGAACGCAUGUCACAGCAUUACAAAACUGGUAAACCAAUUCCCGAAGAGACAUUGGAGAAGCUUAUAAAAUCCCGGCUAGCAAACACGGGUCUCCUAAACCUUCGGCAGAUCGUUCUUGCAAAGAUAGACCAGGUGCUGCACACACAGAUUGGUGUAGAUCCUGUUCAAGAAUAUAGCAAGUUAUCCAGUGAGAUACUUGGAGUCCCAGCUACAUCUGGUACGAAUAUGCCAGCCACCUUUGGGCAUCUGGCGGGAGGAUAUGAUGCUCAGUAUUAUGGUUACCUGUGGAGUGAGGUUUAUUCUAUGGAUAUGUUUUACACACGCUUUAAACAGGAAGGAAUCCUCAGCAAAAAGGUUGGUGCAGACUACAGGAACUGUAUUCUGAAGCCAGGGGGAUCACUGGAUGCCACUGAAAUGCUAAGGAACUUCCUAGGUCGUGACCCAAAGCAGGAUGCAUUUCUCCAAAGUAAAGGACUGGAUAAUUUUAAUACUCCUGCACCUCAUGCUAGCUGAUCAACUAAAAUAUAGCACUAUCUGCAAUGACUUGAAAGUAGAUAAAAGACCGGGGUCAUGGAACCAAUUUCUCAACAUAUUUUAACACUACAUGGUCAGGGUUUGCCUGACAGUUUUGAUAACAAAUACAAAACAAUCUUGUUUUUUAGUUAAACUGCAUACAUUGUCCAGCUUUAGCACUUGGAAUCUUUGUAAUUGUAUGGCCUGGUUGCUGAGCAUUUGGUUCUGUGCAAUAUGGUUCUCUGUCCAUCAUGAUAUUGGCCAAAGAUUUGGUUAAGUGGGGAUUUUGAAUAACAAGUCAGGCCAACUUGUUGAUUCCCCAGUAUGCAAAAAGAAAGACCUAGUUCCAUUUAGAUAAUGUUGUAACACCAUCAAAGGGAAUUAAAAUGUUUACACUAUAUUUGGUAAUGUGCAUAUAAGAAUGCUAAAUGCUCCAGACAUAGCAAUUUGCUGGAUUAUAAUUCUUUCUUCCAUGGUGUUUCCCUGCUCUAUCAAUAUAAUUACCAUUAAACAGUUAUUUCAUGA